ACAUGGGUUCCUGGCAUGGCAGAGAGGGGGCAGGUGCACAGGGUAACUCAGAGAGAUAGGCUGUGGUGGAGCCUUGUUCCCCCAAAGGGAAGCAGAAAGCGAAAAUGCACUGCCGGGGGAGGAACCGGUGUCAGCAGGAGAAGGUGGGUGGGGAGCUGCAGAAAUGUAUCCAUAUCUCUGUCUCUCGGCCUCCUGUUUUCUUUAACGGUGUUUUUCAAAGCCCUUUUUCUCAUCUCCUCCUCCUCCGAGCACACAGCCAAGGCCUGUGAAAAGGAUCCGAGAGAGGCUUCAAAGAAAGGAAGAUGGCUCCGGGGGAAGAGCCUGCUCCUGUGUGCUCUCAUGCUCAGCACUGUCCUUGGGUUUGCAUUGCUUCUUGCCUACACCAUCCUGACCGGUGGCCUGGGUACAAGACAUGACAGUCCUUCUCCUUUCCCUCACACCCGACCCACCAAACCUUGUGACACCGAGGAAUGUCUCAUGCUCCUGGCCAGGCUACUGGAGGUGAGAAAUGCCACCAUAGACCCCUGUGAGGAUUUUUAUGGCUAUGCCUGUGGCAACUGGGAAGCCAACCACUUGCGCACGGAGACAAUGGAGUCAUCAAAUGUGUUUGAUGUCCUGCUGGAAGAAAACCAGCUGAUCCUGAAGAGGCUCUUAGAGGUUCCACAGCUCAGGGUUGGAGGCUCAGCCAAGGGAAAAGCCAUCCAGUUCUACCACUCCUGCAUGGAUACCCAACAGAUAGAAGCAGAAGGGGCUCAGCCCUUGAAGGAGCUCAUAAAUCAGGUUGGUGGCUGGAACUUCACAGGUCCUGGGAAACAAACAGAUUUUAACCAGACCCUGCAAACACUCAUGGGCAAAUACAACACUUUUCCCUUCUUCAGAGCGUAUGUGGGACCCAGCUCUUCUGACCCCAGUACCAAUAUUAUCCAGAUUGACCAUCCUGAGUUUGAGAUGCCACCAGAGAGCGACUACAAUGAAAAAGCAAAUUAUCCUGAGGUUGUCCGUGUGUAUUUCUCAUACCUGAUGAAGCUGGGGACACUGUUGGGAGGGCCACAGAAUGUUACCUCCACUGUCAUCUCCUUCGCCUUGUCCUUCAUCUCCAAUCUCCAGAAGGAGGUCACCCCACUGCAGGAACGGCAGGAGAGAAGGAUGCUGUUCUAUCACACCACUAUCAGGGAGCUGCAGGAAAAGGCACCCACAAUCGAUUGGCUGUCAUGCCUCCAGGCAGCCUUCCAUCCUGUGCAACUGAACAUCUCCCAGCCAAUCGCAGUGCACGACAUGGAUUAUUUGAAAGGCAUGUCACGGCUGAUUGAAAAAUGGCAGAAGGGGAGGGUCCUACAGAUCUAUAUGAUCCUCUGCCUGGUUGGAAAUCUCUCCCCAGCCCUUGACAGCCGGUUCCAAGAUGCACGCAGGGAGCUGUUUGAAAAGCUGCAUGGAAAGACAGGGGAAUCUGGGAUGGUACUGGCCCAUCGCUGGAGAAAAUGCCUGAGUGACACUAGCACUUUCUUUGAGCCUGUCCUUGCAGAGAUGAUUGUGCAAGAGAUUUUCCCUCAAGAGACAAAGGAACUCGCUGAGAAGAUGUUCUCUCUGGUCCGAGAUGCCCUCCACAGUCGGCUGGAUCAGGUGGAGUGGAUGGAUGAGCAGACCCGACAAGAGGCCAAGGACAAGGUUUCUAAGCUUCAGGUGGAAAUUGGCUAUCCAGACAGCAUCCUCCAAACUGCUGAAAUGGACCGGGAAUUCCAGGAUCUGGAGAUACAUGACAAUACCUUUUUGCUCAAUGUGGUGGCCUGCCUGAAGGCUGUGAGGGAAAAUUUCUCCCUGAGGCUCCUUCAGCCCCACCUACAGGAUAAUUGGGAGGUCUUCCCUUGGUCUGUCCAUUCCUACUACUCAAUGAGGCGCCACACCGUGGUCUUCCCUGCGGGAAUGUUCCGCAGCCCCUUCUUCCAUGCUGAGUUCCCCAGUGCUGUGAACUUUGGAGCCAUGGGAGUCAUCAUGGCACACGAGCUGCUUCAUGCGGUCUAUGAUUACGUGGUGCCUGAGAGCUGUCCUAGAUGCAACAGGGAUGCAUUAGUGCGGGGUACAGACUGCCUGGUGGAACAGUAUGAACGCUACUCUCUGCAGGGCCUGAGAAUCAAUGGCACUUUCACCCUCCUGGAGAAUGCAGCUGACACAGGAGGACUCGCCAUCGCUUACCAGGCCUAUAAGAACUGGCUGAAAAAGCACAAACAGGAGAGGAAUUUACCUAGGAGUGGACUCUCACACUAUCAGCUCUUCUACAUCAGCUUUGCGAAUGGGAUGUGUGGGCACCAGAGCCCUGAGAGACUGCGAGCCUUCCUGCACAGGGAUCCGCACAGCCCCCCACCACUCCGUGUCCGUGGGCCCCUCAGCAACAGCCAGGACUUUGCCAGGCAUUUCCACUGCUCCAGCACAACACCAAUGAAUCCAGCCUUCAAGUGCCACAUCUGGUAAUCCACAUUGAGAAGGAGAGGGAGAGAGAGAGGCAGGCAGAAUUAUGGAGACUGGAGCUGUAGAACUUUUCCCUGCUGAAGAAUGGCCUGCCCUCACGCAGAGACAUGCUGGAGCCUAACCAAUUCCUCCCCAUCCCUUCUUCUCAUCCUUUUUCCCUGCCAACAGGUCAUGGUGGCAGAAGGUUCCAGUCUGGGUAGCAGGAGGGAAGAAAGGCUAAACAUAGCAGCCAGUACAGUGUAUGCUACUCUCCAACUGCUCUGCAUGCCCUGCCCCAGUUAGGCCAAACUUGCUCUUCAGAGUGUGGGGGCACAGGCUUGCAAGGUCAAUAGACAAGCUGCAAUCAUUAACAACUCGGGGGGAACCUCACAAGUCCCCAUGCACACCUCCCACCCUGGACCACCAGGGACAGAAGAACCUGGUUCUCUCACUCUGAAAGCACAUUGGGGGGUAGGGGGAGAGAGACACGCUGGUUACUGCUUCCAGAUGGGAAGAUGAGACAUUUAAUUAAUGUACAUUGCUAAAAACCCCACCUGUCUUAGCGCCCCCAAUAUGAGUGGGAUGGUCCUGGGAUUUUAUCUUAUUUUCUGCUACUUAGCCUAGUGUCCUGGAUCUGACCUGCCUAACUCUUUGGGAUUGUUUUUUCCCCUAUUACUCUUACCUCUGACCACUAGGGGCCUGGCCCAGUGCCAGCUUGAAUGGAAAGCUCAGUUCCAUUAACUUCAUUGGACUUUGGAUCAAACCCUAGAUACCACUCCUCCAAUGCAGCAGCUGCCUCUCUUUUCUGAUUGCUCCCCCUGCUGACUUCUGCCGAGAAGGAAUAGCUGCAGCAGUAGCAGCUAUGCUCAAGCUUUUUCACACUCAGAAGAAAGGGAAGAGCAUGCACUGGCUGAGGGAGAAGAAAGGCUGGAAUGGUGGAACUCCUUCUGUGGAGAAGAGGAAGUGGGGAAGCAAUUCAUGGACGGGACAGGGAGUGGAAUCUCAGGAGUCAGUGAUGUAGCUACAAUGUUGCAAGUAAUGAAGUUCCACCAGAACCAUUGAGUUAUGAGGUUAUGGGGGACUUCCAGAUGGAAUGGCGCUCUGGCACAUCACUUGGUCCAUAGGGUGGCAAUGUCGCUCAAACAAAUUUGGCCCUUACCCCACUGGGGCCCAGGCCAGAUUUGAGUGGCAUUGUGACCCAGGUGACACCACUCAUCACUCAGAUUUGGUCUGCUGUGUGAUGUGGGGUGGACAAUGGGGUGAGAGGAACUGAGGGGCAGCUGCCAGCCAAGAUUAGGAGUUGUGUCCCUAGCCUGGGAUGGGAGCGGAGUGCUGAGUUGGGUACUGGUGAGUGGCCUGGAAAGUCCUGGGGGCCAAUGGAUGAGGGGUUGGGGGUGUGAGGUAUUGGUGUAUUAUGGGGCAAGUGGGAGGAGUUGUGGCAGACAACCGAAGAUGUGGGAGGUGGUGGGGUAGGAUGUGGGCCCAAUGCUGGGCAUAAUCAACAUUUUAGAUUUUGGAAGGGAGCCCCUAACCUAGUCCUGCACCAGGGCCUUGUCAUGUACUGUCAGGAGGAAAUGGGGUCUGGGAGGGUGUUAUCCUCCCCCCGCACCCCACAAGGUGUUAGAGAUUCCUACUUAUUGCCCCCAGUCACUUCAUAUGGAGAUAACAGACAAGUCUUGUUCCCUCUCACAAAAAGGCAUCAGGUUAGGGUGACCAUAUAUCCCAUUUUGGCCAGGACAGUCUCUUUUUUUAAGCCCUGUCCUGGCUGUCCCAACUUUUUUUGGCAAAACUGGGCAUUUGUCCCAUUGCUCUUGUCAACUGAUCAGUUAGCAAGAGGAAACUGUACACAUGCCCAGUUUUUCCAAAAAGGUUGGGUGCAAACCUUAGCGGAGUGUGGAGGAACAUGUGUGUGGGGGUGAGCAGCAAUGCCAGCCCUUCGCAGGAGGGAGGGCUUGGGAGAGCGGCUCGGGCCGGGCCAGCCCUCCACAGGUGGGUGGCAGGGAGUCUUGGGCUGGCUCCACACAGGAAGAAAGGAGGGGGUGCCUUGAGCUGGCCCCAUAUGGUGUCCCAUUUUCCCUUUGGGAAAAUAUGGUCACCCUACAUCAACUUAGCUAGGGCCUGGGCCUGUUUAAGGAAAGGUUGGGAUGGGAUUGUUUCCAGGGUUUAUGGGAGCCUCCAGAGUCAGACUAACCAUCCAGAUUUUAGAAUGCUUCUCCAAAUACCAAACUGAUUUUCAGGAAUUUUUGCUAUCCAGAUGGGGGAGUUUUGCUGCUGUUAUGUUUUUGUGACCUAGUAUCGUUGUAACCAAAUGUCUUGUAGUAAUGCAGUGUAGGGGGGCAAAGAGUGAAAAAUGUAGUGAAUUUCAGGAGCAGCAAGAAAACUGGCAUUUAAGAAUGUUUCUAUGUUACUAAGAACAGCCUGAAAACUAUCAAUUUGGAGGCCCUGAUAAUUAGACCUAUACUUAAAAAAACAAAAAACCUAAAAUUCACUAGAAUUGGAGAACACACCCCUCCUAGCUCAUGGAUGCCUGGUUUCUUUGUAAAGCUGUCACUGGGAAAUUUUUUAAAUGGUGGGAGCUGUUUUAUUCUGACCAUUAUACAGUAACUCCUCACUUAACGUUGUAGUUAUGUUCCUGAAAAAUGCAACUUUAAGUGAAAUGAUGUUAAACUAAUCCAAUUUUCCCAUAAGAUUUAAUGUAAAUGCGGGGGGUUAGGUUCCAAGAAAAUUUUCUGGGGGCAGACAAAAGGCAUUAUAUACUGUACAGUACUGUGGUUGGGAAGUGCCACUGGCUUACUCCAAACAGGCACAGCCCACUGCAGGCAAGGACACUAGGAAGCACCUUGCGCAGCAGCAGCAGAAGCUUCCCCCCAGAAGAACAGGCGCUGACUUUGCUGGGGAAUGCUCCAGGCCCACCUCUUCCCACCCCCGAUCCUCCUCAUCUCUGGAGCACACUGCAUCCCCACUCCUUCCCCUCCCUUCGAGAAAGUCCUAACAGCUGUUUGGCAGAGCUUAGGACUUUCUGGGAGGUAGGGGGAGGAGCAAAGAAGAGGAACUUGUUCAAUGAAGAACAGCUGUUUGGUGACCGAGGAAGUGCUGGGAGGAAGGGGGAGGAGGCAGAGAAGAGGAACUUGUGCAAUGCUCCCUUGUAAAGUUGCUGGUCUUCCACAAAAUCUUACAAGCAGCGGACAGAGCAGGCAGCCAAACCUGUUACAAGGAAACAUUGCACAACUUUAAACAAGCAUGUUCCCUAAUGGAGCAGUGACGUAACUUCAAAACAACGUUAAGCGGGAGGACGUUAAGUGAGGAUUUGCUGUAUUACCAGUGUGGUGAUUCUUUGGGAGUAGAUAUUGGUAUUGGGAAUGAGCAUCAAAAUUAAAGCUGGAAAAGACCUAUUAAUUGUCUUAUUACUGUGACAAUUAGCAAGGGUUGUGGAGGAUUCUCAAUCUUUGGCAAUUUUUAAAUUAAGACUGGAUGUUGCUCUAAAAAACAGGAAUUAUUGGGGGAAGUUCUAUGGCCUGUUUAUACAGGAGGUCAGACUAGAUUAUCACAAUCAUCUCUUCUGGCCUUGAAAUCUAUGAAUCCAGUGCUAGCCAGUAUAGGCCAACACAGUUUAUUCUUCAGCAGCACUUCUUUUGAAAGACUAUUCCACUGUUCUAUUCUCACUGAUUAAAGCCAAAGAGAAUGUAUAUGAAUAAAAGGUUCCUUACCUGUGUGGUUAUUAAUAACACUUUUGACUGAAAAAUUAUAAUUGAAAUUAUUUUAAAAAAUUAAAUGUACUAUUUACUAUUAAUGCUAAUUGAUUCAUUUUUUAAUUUCACUCAGUAUAAGAGAAUGAAAAUAGACUGGUGAAUUUCACUUUUUUUCUAUCAGUUUUAUUUUCCAGCUCUCAAGCACUAGGUCACUGCUGUAAUAUCAGAGUUGCAAAUGCUGCAGGAGAAUGUUUAAAUCCAAACAAAAAUCUGUAUUCCUUGGAGUGAACAAAGAAAAUCAUAGAAAAUCAUAGAAACAUUUCUACUAGUCUUGAGAAAAUGGUGUAUAUCAAACUCACAGUUUGAUAAAAGUAAUAGCACAUAUGCUGGUGAUUUUCAUGCAUAGAUCUCAAAGCACUAUACAAAGAGGGUUAGAUAUCAUUACCUUUAUUUUAUAGAUAGGGAAACUGUGGCACAGAGACACUAAUGACUUAACCAUUAUCGCACAGCAGGUCAGUGGCAGAGAUGAGAGAAUAAACCAUAGGUUAAAUCCUGGCUCCCUCGAAGUCAGUGACAAAACUCCCUUAUGAUAUUAAUAUGGCUGGAUUUCACCCCAGGCCUUCUAACUCUUACCCCUAUGCGUUAUCCACUGCAUCACACUGACUCUCUUU